CAGGGUCAGCCUUUGACCGAACAUCCACCCCCUCACCGGUUGGCAAUUAAGACAACCAGAGGGUGAUAUAUCCGAAUCCUCUUCCGGCAUCCUUGUGUCAACUAAAAAUACCGCACUUACCGCCAGUUAAUUUGCAGAAAGCCUUGACAUGGAAACUCGAACUAGAUUAUCCGUCGCGUCCGCCGCGACACCCCCAACCCUUCCUGACCUCAACCAGCACGCCCACCAGCACGCCAAAGACAUAAUGGGCAUUGAAUUUUCGGAACAGCUACUCACUCCUGAGAACAGCCGCUCCGAGACCUCCAGUAACAACGAAAACGCGUCGAACGAGGAAAAGCCGGCGGUGCGGCGGACAUCUACACGGGUGACACGCGCCUCUUUACGGGGGGCUGCACAACUGGAUAAUCUGGCUCUAGAGAGCAAUAAUGAAGUUACAAUUUCUACCGGAGAGGAAAACCGGACGGUCCCUGGUGAGAUCUCGGUCAACAAGGUUUCAGAGGGGAAGAAGUCGCAGUAUUCUCUUCCGCGGCACAGCAUAGCGGUCAUGGAAAAGACCAUGUGGCGCGAAGCAGCGCUCAGUCAAGAUCAUACGGAGGCUGAAGACCACCCACAGGCCCCCGAUACGCCUGUUUCGAAAUCAUCCCAAGAACCACAGCCAUCGGAGUCCGGUUCGUCACUUCCGCAACGAACUUUGCGGAAGCGUGUGCAACAGCCAUCAACCAACGAAGAAAACCAGGACCAGGACCAGGAUCAGGAAAAAGCAAAGACGACCCCGGAAGCAAACAGUCAAGAACCUCCGAGGCGCUCGUCUCGUCUGAGUAUUUUGGGGAAAGCAUCGGACCUCGUCGACCGGGCUAGCAGUGUGUUAGGGAAACGCUCCAGAGACAUGAUAGAUAAAGGAAAGGAAAUUGGCCGACGGGCCAGUCUACGCCCUCGAAAUGUUGUCACGCCGAAGGAGGAAUCCACUUCGGCCGCCAACGAGCCUCCUGCAGCGAAGAAGCGGCGUGUUUCUGACAGCGAAUUGCUGUCAAAGUCCAAAUCUCGGGAAGAUUCCAAAAUUGAAGAGGAUGCUCCCCCAAAGCCGGUGUUGGAACACAAAAGAAAGCGCUGGCUCGCUCAUGGGCUAUACACGGGACAAGAACACACCGACGCUCGUCCUAGUCAGAACAGAAACAGGAAUACCAAGAGGAGAAGUGAAAGCAAGCCCCAGCGGAGAUUACUUCCAAUGCCUAUGUUUGCAGGCGAUCGACUUUUGAAAAGCGGAAGAGACUUCCAGUUGCCUUAUGAUAUCUUCUCUCCUCUCCCUCCUGGUCAACCUAAACCCGACGAGUGGAGGAAAACCAACAAAAACGUCUUUGUUGGCGAGGCCUCUAGCAUCUGGAGGGCUAACAAGCACGAGGAACUGUCGAAAUGCUUGUGUACUGAGGACACAGGAUGUGACGAGGAGUGUCAAAACCGCUACAUGUUUUACGAAUGUGAUAACGGGAACUGUGCAUUAGGCCCAGAAUGCGGUAACCGAAAUUUUGACGAACUUAAGCAAAGAACCAAGGCGGGAGGAAAAUACAACAUUGGUGUCGAGGUCAUCAAAACGUCGGACCGUGGAUAUGGUGUUCGCAGCAACCGCACCUUCGAACCAAAUCAGAUCAUUGUCGAGUAUACUGGAGAGAUCGUCACCCAAAACGAAUGUGAAAGACGGAUGAGAUCCGUCUAUAAAAACAAUGAGUGCUAUUAUCUGAUGUACUUCGACCAAAACAUGAUCAUCGAUGCCACCCGGGGCUCCAUUGCUCGUUUUGUGAAUCACUCUUGUGAACCCAACUGUCGAAUGGAAAAAUGGACAGUUGCUGGCAAACCACGCAUGGCUCUUUUUGCUGGGGAUCGUGGGAUUAUGACAGGCGAAGAACUGACUUAUGAUUAUAACUUUGACCCCUAUUCCCAGAAAAAUGUCCAGCAGUGCCGGUGUGGCUCAUCAGUAUGCCGUGGUAUUCUAGGACCGCGACCAAGAGAUAAGGAUCAACGUGCAAGUGCAAGGGAGUCGAAGGGUGACAAUCAGAAAAAGUCUAAUUCGAACACUAAAAAGGCCAAUGCGAAGGCCACCGGCUCAAAGAGAAAACUUGAAAAUGCAAUCGACGAGUCUGCUGCGCGGAUUAACAAGAAGCGUAAGCUUCUGACACCAAAGUCGAUCAAGUCCGGAGUCAAGAAGGCGGUUUCGAGAGCACGUCCCUCUGCUUCUAAAUCAACUACUACACAGAAGAAGCAGCCAGCUACCAAACAAAAAAGAAAGGCAACCAAAGAGCCUGCAGAACAGAGUACCAAAGCCAAGAGUCCUGCAAAGAAAAAUACCAAGUUCAAGGACAAUGUCAAGCUGCCCAAGGUUAAAGCGAAAGCUAAAGUGAAGGCGACAGUUCGCCCUACAAAAGCGACGGGUCUAGGAAAAGCUCAAUCGAAGCCGACGACUUCCCAAUCACCAUCUAAGCUCAACCGCCCAUCCGCAGAAACCAAGGCAAAAAUACUUGCCGCGGCUAAGGGUACGCCUGCUCGAAAACGUUUGACAAAGGAAAAGAAGACCGAAGCCAAACCAGCGAGCAAGCCAACCCCUAAGGAAGCUCCCAAGAAUGCAGCCAAGAGCGCGGUGCGUUCAGUCAAAGGAAAGAAGAAUUGAUAGCUGCUAUGGCCAUCUUAGCUUCUGCUGAAGUCUUCCGGCCUAUAGCAGUCAAGCAGCACAUAAUAUAUAUGAAAUCCAUUGGACUGGAUCUUGGAUACUUCAGCGCGCCCUAUGUGGCGCGGAUAGACCACCAAGUGGCAUUUUAGGGGAUUCUUUUGGAUGUCCUUGCCUUCAUUUCUUUCUUUCCAUUUCUUUAUUUUUUGCUUCCGGGUAUUUUCUUUUUUGGCUUCCUUGCUCUUGGCCUGCACGGGCUGCAAUACUUUUGCUCAACAUAUGGAUAUUUCGCAGUUUGACCUUUUAUUUCCCCAACCAAUAUUGCUUUAUUCCCCCUUUUUGAUUAUUCCCUCACCCUGAA